AUGGAAUAUAAUGAAGAUGGACCAAUCCUCAAGCCUCUCCUUAUUAUAAGGAAGACCUCGUCUCAAGAGGGGAUUCCAAAAGAAUUUUCCCUCCUCCCAAACGGCAAACUCUUUUACGAACACUCUCUUCAAACUCUCCACGAAGCUCUACCACGUGCUGAAGUAAUAUACGUCUCCAUCCAUUCAGAAUCACAAAAAGUUGCUCUUACAACUAAAAACUUACACCGCCAAUCUGAUCAUCAUGAUCACAACCACGAUCAUGAUCAUGACCAUGGCCCACAAAAGUUCCCCACCGUGGAAUUUAUUCUCUACGAAGAACAACAGGAUACUUCUGGACCUAUCACAGCUCUACAAGCAGCUCACAUGAAACAUCCCGAAUCGAAGUUUCUGGUUACUAGUUGUGAUUUCCCCUCGCUGGGACCUGCGGCUUUACAACAACUUAUUUUGGAGUACGAAGAGCCGGUUACUUGUUUUGUGAAUGGGAGGGGGGAUAUUGAACCCUUGAUAGGGAUUUGGGGACCAGGAGCUUCGGGGAAACUGGAUGUGAAGAGGAAUCUGGAGGAUUUGGUGAGAGACCUAGGUGGGAAGAUUGUUAAGCCUUUGAGAGAUGAGUGGGUGAGGGGUCUUGAGAGUGAGGAGGAAUCGGUAUAA